ACGAAGAAAAAAAUGUCCACCAUGGUGUAUCCGCGGGAGGAGAAGCUUGAGAAGCUCUCUCAGGAGGAGAUCAUCUCCAACACAAAGCUGGUUAUCCAGGGUCUGGAGGCUCUGAAAAAUGAGCACAACUCGAUUCUCCACAGCCUGCUGGAGACCAUCAAGUGCCUAAAGAAAGACGAGGAGGCCAACCUGGUCCAUGAAAAGUCCAAUUUGCUCCGCAAGUCGGUGGAGAUGAUUGAACUGGGACUGGGAGAAGCUCAGGUGAUGAUGGCCUUGUCCAACCACCUGAAUGCCGUCGAGUCCGAGAAGCAGAAACUGCGCGCACAAGUGAGGAGGCUCUGCCAGGAAAACCAGUGGCUGCGGGACGAGCUGGCCAACACCCAGCAGAAGCUGCAAAAGAGCGAGCAGAGCGUGGCCCAGCUGGAGGAAGAGAAGAAGCACCUUGAGUUCAUGAACCAGCUGAAAAAGUACGACGAAGAUGUCUCACCCACCCAGGAGGAUAAGGACAGAGAAACACCAAAGGACUCCCUGGAUGACCUCUUCCCCAACGACGAGGAGGACCAAGGCCAAGGAAUGCAGCACCAGCACAACAGCGCCGCUGAAGUUGCUGCCCAGCAGGGCGGCUAUGAGAUCCCAACCCGCCUGAGAACCCUGCACAACCUGGUGAUCCAGUAUGCCUCUCAGGGCAGGUACGAGGUGGCCGUGCCCCUCUGCAAACAAGCUUUGGAGGACCUGGAAAAGACCUCCGGGCACGAUCAUCCUGAUGUGGCUACCAUGCUCAACAUACUGGCCUUGGUCUACAGGGAUCAGAACAAAUAUAAAGAGGCAGCCCAUCUGCUCAAUGAUGCUCUGUCCAUCCGUGAGAAAACUCUGGGCAAAGACCAUCCAGCUGUGGCCGCAACCCUGAACAACUUGGCGGUGUUGUAUGGAAAGAGGGGGAGGUACAAGGAGGCCGAGCCGCUGUGCAAGAGGGCUCUGGAGAUCAGAGAAAAGGUACUGGGCAAGGAACACCCAGAUGUGGCCAAACAGCUGAACAACCUGGCCCUGCUGUGCCAGAACCAGGGCAAGUAUGAGGAAGUGGAGUAUUAUUACUGCCGUGCCCUGGAGAUCUACGAGUGCAGGCUGGGCCCAGAUGAUCCCAAUGUGGCCAAAACCAAGAACAACCUGGCAUCCUGCUUCCUCAAACAAGGGAAAUACAAGGAGGCUGAGAUUCUGUACAAAGAGAUUCUGACUCGUGCUCAUGAGAAAGAAUUUGGAUCUGUCGAUGCUGAGAACAAGCCCAUAUGGAUGCAUGCAGAGGAAAGAGAGGAGAUGAGCAAGAGCAAGCAGAGAGACAACACUCCAUACGGGGAGUAUGGUGGCUGGUACAAAGCCUGCAAAGUCAAUAGCCCUACAGUGAACACUACUCUGAGGAACCUGGGUGCCCUGUACCGCCGGCAGGGCAAACUAGAGGCUGCUGAGACCCUGGAGGAGUGCGCCGUGAGGUCUCGCAAGCAGGGCAUCGACCCCAUCCACCAGACGCGCGUGGUGGAGAUCCUGAAAGAUACAGAGGGGGACAGGCGGAGGAGCAGAGACAGCCUGGCCAGCGUUAAGUAUGAGAGCGGCUCCGAGACCGGCGAGGAAGUGAGUAUGGGCGUGGAGUGGAAUGGGGACGGCAGCGGGGUGCUGCAGCGCAGCGGCUCUCUGGGGAAGCUCAGAGACGUCUUCCGGCGCAGCAGCGAAAUGCUGGUGAAGAAGCUGCAGGGCAGCGUGCAGCCGGAGCCCCGCAGCACCAACAUGAAGAGAGCUGCCUCCUUGAAUUAUCUGAACAGAACCAGUGAUGACCCAUUCCAGACUCGAGGCAGUAACUUCAAGGAGAGUCGGGGCCUGAGCUCCAGCACUGUGGACCUUUACACUGGAAAAUGA